UGGAGUGAGCGGUUAAGCAGCACCGGAGUCCUGGAGCAGCUCUCACAGCCGCUGUCUGUAUGUCCACUAAAGGAAGAGCCUCUAAACAUCGCAAAAGCGUCUCGUUCUCGGAGGAUGAGGAUGAGCAGUGCUGGAAAGAGGAGAACGGCGGCGUGGACGCACAUCACAUGAAAUCCGUCAAAACAGUGACAGAUUCAUCGGGAUAUUACAGCUACAACAUGAAAGUCUCGGAUAAUUUCCCCCAUCGCAGGAUGACUCUACCGCGAGAAAAGGGUCGUCGUCAGGCAGUCCGCGGACCUGCGUUCAUGUUCAACGCCCGUGGCAGCAGCCUUACGGCGGAAGAAGAACGCUUCCUGGAUGCAGCAGAAUAUGGCAACAUCCCGGUGGUCCGUAAGAUGCUGGAAGAGUCCUCCACACUCAACGUGAACAGUGUUGACUACAUGGGACAGAACGGACUACAGUUGGCCGUUGGCAACGAGCACCUGGAGGUCACUGAGCUGCUCCUGCGGCGAGACAACCUGGCCCGUGUUGGGGAUGCGCUCCUACUGGCUAUUUCCAAAGGUUACGUGCGUAUUGUAGAAGCCCUGCUGGGUCACCCAUCCUUUGCGGGUGGCGAGCGACUGACUCGUAGCCCCUGUGAGUUGCAGGACGACGACUUCUAUUCGUACGACGAGGACGGUACACGGUUCUCACCUGAUAUCACACCAAUCAUCUUGGCUGCCCACUGCCAGAAGUACGAGGUGGUGCACAUGUUGCUCAUGAAGGGAGCUAGGAUCGAACGGCCGCAUGACUAUUUCUGCAAAUGCGCAGAUUGCACGGAGAAGCAAAGAAAGGACUCAUUUAGCCACUCGCGGUCCAGGAUAAAUGCGUACCGUGGUCUGGCUAGCCCCGCAUACCUCUCACUCUCUAGUGAAGACCCUGUACUGACCGCUCUUGAGCUAAGCAAUGAGCUCGCUAAGCUGGCCAACAUUGAGAAGGAGUUUAAGGAAAAAAAGAACCGUAAUAAAGAGACAUCGCAGCACAAUGGCUUCUUUCUGAAUGACUACAGGAAGUUGUCUAUGCAGUGUAAGGACUUUGUGGUUGGAGUUCUGGAUCUGUGCAGGGACACUGAGGAGGUGGAGGCCAUUCUGAAUGGAGAUAUCUCAGCAGAGCUCGAGGAAGGGCAGCAUCAUCGCUCCCUGCUCAGCAGAGUAAAACUGGCCAUUAAAUAUGAGGUUAAGAAGUUUGUGGCUCAUCCAAACUGUCAGCAACAGUUGUUGACGAUCUGGUAUGAGAAUCUGUCUGGUCUUCGGGAACAAACCACUGCUGUGAAGUGUCUGGUAGUUCUGGUUGUGGCGCUGGGACUCCCCCUGCUUGCUGUGGGGUAUUGGUUUGCUCCAUGCAGUAAGCUUGGUAAAGUACUGCGGAGUCCUUUUAUGAAGUUUGUUGCCCAUGCGGCUUCGUUCAUCAUCUUCCUGUGUCUGCUGGUGUUCAACGCGUCCGACAGGUUUGAAGGCAUCACUACUCUUCCAAACGUGACCGUAACUGACUAUCCACUUCAGAUCUUUAGAGUCAAGACCACACGCUUCACAUGGACAGAAAUACUGAUCAUGGUCUGGGUCGCAGGAAUGAUGUGGUCAGAGUGUAAAGAGCUCUGGACAGAGGGCCCGAGGGAAUACAUCAUGCAGCUGUGGAACGUCCUGGAUUUCGGGAUGCUGUCUAUCUUCAUCGCUGCAUUCACCGCUCGGUUCUUCGCCUUCAUGCAGGCCAUGAAAGCCCAGGAGUAUGUGGACGAGAAGAUCCAUGCACCGGAUCUUUCAAUGGUCACAUUGCCACCAGACAUUGAAUAUUUUACAUACGCACGAGAUAAGUGGCUUCCAUCAGAUCCUCAGCUAAUAUCAGAGGGUCUGUACGCCAUCGCCGUGGUCCUGAGCUUCUCUCGAAUCGCCUACAUCCUACCGGCCAAUGAGAGCUUCGGUCCGCUCCAGAUCUCUCUGGGCCGCACUGUGAAGGACAUCUUCAAGUUCAUGGUCCUCUUCAUCAUGGUAUUCCUCGCAUUCAUGAUCGGCAUGUUCAUCCUCUACUCCUACUACCUGGGGGCAAAGGUUAAUCCCGCCUUCACCACGGUUGAGGAGAGCUUUAAAACUCUGUUUUGGUCCAUAUUUGGGUUGUCUGAAGUGUCCUCUGUGGUUUUGAAAUAUGAUCAUAAAUUUAUUGAGAACAUUGGCUACGUGCUGUACGGAAUAUACAACGUUACUAUGGUGGUGGUUCUGCUCAACAUGUUGAUCGCCAUGAUAAACAGCUCUUACCAGGAAAUAGAGGAUGAUGCGGAUGUGGAGUGGAAGUUUGCCCGGUCUAAACUCUGGCUCUCAUAUUUUGACAAUGGCAAGACUCUCCCCCCUCCCUUCAGCAUUGUCCCCACCCCAAAGUCCUUCUAUCAGUGCAUCAAGAAACUGGUCAACCUGCUCCGGUGUCGCCGGCGGCGCCUGAAGAAAGACGUGGAGCUGGGUAUGGACAACUCCAAAUCCAGGCUGAACCUCUUCACCCAGACCAGUAUGAGGAUCCCAGAAUCUCACAGCUUCAACAGCAUCCUAAAUCAACCAACACGCUAUCAGCAAAUUAUGAAACGUCUCAUCAAACGCUACGUCCUGAAAGCACAAGUGGACAAGGAGAAUGAUGAAGUGAAUGAAGGUGAGCUGAAGGAGAUAAAGCAGGAUAUAUCCAGUCUGCGAUAUGAACUCCUGGAAGAAAAAUCCCAAGCCACAGAAGAGCUCUCUCUCCUGAUACAGAAACUCAGUGAUAAACUCAACCCACGGCCUGUCUUUACACACUGAUUCCAGCCUUCUCCAUGCUAAUUAAUGGUGAUGUGUGCUAUUUUUACACGUUAAAACACUUCCUCCUAUUCCAUUUAAAUGCGCCGAGACUAUAAUUUUGCAAGUAAGCCAUUCGCAUAAUGACUUCCAGAAAAGUAUAAACACUGUGGCUGUGUAGCGAUUUCUAAACAUUGUUCUGUUUGUUUGAAUGUGUCGACAUGUCAUCCUCUGGCUCAACCAGUGCUGUGAGUUUGUGGUGGGACUAGAGCGUCGCUGGCUUCACCCACAUCCUGGAUCAUCAAUUCUUUAUUGACAAUGAAAUGCUUGUCAUCAUAGUCUCAUCAUUACACAGAACUGACUUGCCAACGUUGAGUUGUAGUGGAACUGAACUGGAUUCUUGCUGCUUACAUUUUUAAUGUGAAAAUUAGCAAAGCUACAUAAUGGAAAAUAAAAUGUUUUCGUAAUUAGUUAAUACAGUCAUUCUAAGCCACUAACAUACAACUAGUCCAUUCAGUUAUUAAACACAUGACAGCACAUUUAUUGUUUAAGAAUCAAGACAUUCUAGAUGUAGUUAAACCUUAUUUUAAGUAAAUAUAUUCCUAUGUAUGUAUUUAUUUAUAAAUAUAUAAAUAUAUCCAUUAUAUAAAUCUAAUAUAUUUGUUUAUUUGUUGAGCUAUGUGUUCUAUUAAUUUUUUCUUAUUUUUUAAUUUAUGAACAGGUUUUGUUUAUUGCAAAUAACGGUAUAAGUGCUCAGUGUGUUUUCUAUCCAAUAGGAGUAAUUCAGUGAGCAUAAUGUACAGUAUCUCUCGUCUGAUCACCAAAAAAAAAAAAAAAAAAAAAGAAAGAAAACCUAGGCAGGGAUUUCCUUCCUGUGCAUCCUUUCUAUAUCCAUUCCUGACAGAUCCUUUGCCAUUCCUUGCCAACCUCUUUUAAUGUACAAAACAUCUCAGAGCUUCUAGCACAAAUCUAUGCACUUUUAAUAUCUAUUCAUAUGUCCGUGUUGUCUUGAACUUCAACUUUUUUUUCUAGAGUCAAUUGGCCAUGUUUAUGGUCUUUAUUUGAUUAACAUGCAUAAUUUGUGAACUGAAUAUUAGUUAACAGGGUUUGUUCACCCCAAAAUUAAAAUUAUGUCAUCAUUUACUUACGCUCUUGUCAUUCCAUAACUGAUUUUUAUUUAUUUUUUCCAUGGAAAUUAAAAGGAGGCUGUCUGACCUGCUUUUGUACAUACAGUAAAAGUAUGUUCAGUCAAGUGAUUUAUUCUGUCAAGCUCAAAAACAACAACAACAAUAAAAUCACCAUAAAAAUAGCCCAGACAAUCCACUAUGACAGAACUGUAAUCUUUGAGCAAACUACUGCUUUAAAGGGAUAGUUCACCCAAAAAUGCUAAUUCUCUCAUCACCCUCACACCAUCCUAGAUGUGUAUGACUUUCUUUCUUCUGCAGAACACAAAUUAAGAUUUUUAUAAGAAUAUCUCAGCUCAGUAGGUCCAUACAAUGCAAGCGAAUGGUGACCAGAAUUCAGAAGGUCCAAAAAUGACAUAAAGUAAUCCAUACAACUCAAGUGGUUAAAUCCAUAUCUUCAGAAGUGAUUUGAUAGGUGUAGGUGAGAAACUGAUCAAUAUUUUCCUGUAAGUCCUUUUUACUUUCAAUCUCCACCUUUGACCAGCCCCAACCAGUAGGUGGCUAAAUGUGAAAGUGAAAGUGUAGAUUUACAGUUAAAAAAGGACUUAAAUACUGACCUGAUUCUCACCCACACUUAUCAUAUCACUUCAGAAGAAAUUGAUUUAACCACUGGAGUCUUAUACUUUUAUGCCCCCUUUUGGACCUUCAAAGAUCUGGUCAUCAUUCACUUGCAUUGAAUGGACCUACAGAGCUGAAAUAUUAUUUUAAAAAAUCUUUGUGUUUUGCAGAAAAAAGAAAGUCAUACACAUCUGGGAUGGCAUGAGGGUGAUUAAAUGAUGAGAGAAUUUUCAUUUUUGAGUGAACAUUACCUUUAAGAUGUGUGUUGGUUAAUUUAAUUAGCAACUAUUCCUUUGAGAUGUUUUUAGUUUGUUUUGUGCUGUUAAUUCACUGGUGUCCCAUUGAACGCGAUAUUAGCUCAUACAGAUCAUAACAUUUUAUACUCUUUAAACGCCAAUAACAAACUCAAUGAGUGCUGCUGAACUGCCUAAACAUGAACGCUGAGAAAAAAAGCCAUUCGUUGGUCAGUCGGAAGAAUUUUUUUGUGGACAUAUGUGUUUAAUUUUGGUCCAUAGAGGGCGCUAUUUGAUUUUGUAAAAUGCAACUGCAUUCUCUUAAAUUCUUCUUGGCAAAUUAUAUAUGCGUAUGAAAAUCGACAGAUGGUAUAUUUAAUUAGAGACACUGUAUAUCUGCAACAGUAGGCCAGUCUAUAUGUAGUGUCACAGAUUGCUCUGGCAGGGCUCAUCAAACAAAAAAUGUGUGUGUUAAAAUGUGCAAUUCUGAUGUCUUUGUGAACUUUUGUUUUUGCUUGUGUUUUAUUUUGAUUUCAUUAGAUGUUUAAGCUAUGCAUUGUUCAUAUAAUUACCAAUUAAAUGAUUUUAGAGAUAAGCCUUAGAAUAUUGCUGUAGUUGAGACUGUUAAGUUAAAAUUUUUAAUCUGUUUUAUAUAUAAAAAUCUAUUUCAAAAACAGCUGUCGAAAUUAAUUUCUCAUGAGCACAUAACAAUAAGGUCACCAUGUUCAGUGCUGAAACAUCCCAACUUAUUACAUAAAGGCCAAACAAAUGUUCUGAUUUGAAAAAUGAAUAAAGGGGAAGGGCACUCACCCUUGACCAAAGCGAUUCUGAUCCAUCAUCCAGACUAGCCAAUACAUACAGGAAGAGUAAAUACAUGCACUGUUUGCUAAAGUGUUGCUUCCUUUAAAACAAGUAUGGUUAUGCAUUACAGAUUUACAUCUGUGCUGUUUUGUGUAUUUCAUUGUCAUGAUCCUAGACAACAAGAACCUUUGGGCCAAAUGUGGAAUUUAGCCCUCAAAAUCAUAUCACUAUGCCACUGUGAAUAAGUUUCUCUCAUAGCACUUGUGAACCUGCCUUGAGAAGUCUUGAAAUAAAACGUAUG